GCAAGACAAGCACAGCGACGAUCAAGCACUUGGAGCAGCAGGAAGCAAUGGCAAUGGCAGCAGUGGCCUCGCCGACCAUGGAGGUUGAGCAGGACCUCCCCGGCUUCCGGUUCCACCCCACGGAGGAGGAGCUCCUCGGCUUCUACCUCUCCCGCGUCGCCCUCGGCAAGAAGCUCCACUUCGACAUCAUCGGCACCCUCAACAUCUACCGCCACGACCCCUGGGACCUUCCCGGACUGGCAAAGAUCGGGGAGAGGGAGUGGUACUUCUUCCUACCGCGUGACCGGAAGGCGGGGAGUGGCGGCCGGCCGAACCGGACGACGGAGCGGGGGUUCUGGAAGGCCACGGGCUCCGACAGGGCCAUCCGGAGCACCGCCGAUCCCAAGCGGGUCAUCGGCCUCAAGAAGACGCUCGUCUUCUACCAGGGCCGCGCUCCUCGGGGCACCAAGACCGACUGGGUCAUGAACGAGUACCGCCUCCCCGACACCGGCGCGCCGCCUCCCCAGGAGGACACGGUGCUGUGCAAGGUGUACCGGAAGGCAACGCCACUCAAGGAGCUCGAGCAGAGAGCAUUUGCGAUGGAGGAGAUGAAGCAGAGGCCCUGCGGCAACGGUGGGUACGGCUACGGUGGCGCGGCCAGAGCGUGCCCCGUCCCGGCAGCCGGCGACUUCUACCUGUCGCCGUCCGACGACGUCCAGGAAAACUUCCUGACCCCCUCCUCCUCCUCCUCCUCCUCGUCGGUGGCGCUGUCCGGCAACAGCAGCAACGCGCCCAGGGUAGCGAAGAAGGAAGCAGACGUCGGCACGGUCACCGUCGCAUCGACGUCGUCUCUGUCGCAAGCGGCGAACGCCCCCUUCCAUCUUCAGCUCCCGGCCGUGAACCCACCCUGCGGCCUCCAGCUCCCGGCGGCGAACCAUGGGAUGCCGAACAUGUCCAGCCUGCAGCUACCGGCGGCGAGCCAGGGUGUUCUGGACCUGCCAAGCCUGCAACUACCGGCGGCGAGCAGCCACGGAGUGUUCGAUUGGCUAAAUGACCCGUUCCUGACGCAGCUGCGUAGCCCGUGGCAGGACCAGCAUUGCAUGUCCCCUUACGCCCAUCUGCUAUACUAGCCAGAUGCAAGUCGUGCAGAGAGCAAGUAAAUAGUACUACGAACAUAGACGUCUCUUUGUUUAACAUGACAGUUUGCAACUAAGCCUGCAAUGAACUAAGCCUGCAGUGGUUAGCUGUAAAUCUGAUGAAUUAGCUUAUGGAAUUGUUCUGUGUUUGUCAAACUUCAGGAUGAAUAUAGUUUUUUCUAAUAAUCAAGAAUGCUUGCGGUGCUAAUAAAAAAGAAAAAGAAAAAGAAAAAAAAUAUUUUCAUUCAUUGAUGUUUUA